AUGCGAGUCAAAAAAAAUCUUCCGAGGCCUGCCAAUGGAAAGCUUGAGUCUUGCAAUCACGACGAAUGUUUAUCUAUUUUAAAACUAGGUAUUGACAUCGAUUUGGCUUCCACAAUCACCUCACUCCAUCAAUUAAGAAAAAAUAAUUAUUAUGCCUCAUCAAUUAUUCCGAAUUUACUCAUAGCAAUUUUGCAUUUAUUGAUGCAUUUAGCUUGGCUGGUAAGUGAUAAAUAA